GACCGCCUCAAUAGGCAGGACUCGGGCAAAAAGGAAAAAAGGGUGGGUCGAUUAGAUAGCGCCAGGGAAACUGCGCAGGGUUUGUUUUCAGGCUCCACAUCAGGACUCUGAGCAAGGCAAAUGAAUGGAGGCUGUUUGAAGAAGUUUAAGAACUGGGGGGGAAAUACUUUAGAGAAGACUACAGUUCUGGGUCUGAGAUGGAUUGGCCAGGUACCUUUGGGACAGCUCUGUGGAAAAUUGAUACAUGAUCACUUUUUGGAGUCUGAGGAUAUUUUGUAACAAGCAACAGAUGCUUUAAAGAAAGAAAGAAAGAAAGAAAGAAAGAAAGAAAGAAAGACCAUUGACAGAUCCUGAGUGAGAGCACAAAGGACAGGAGGAGUGGAGUUUUAUUUAGGAGAUAGGAUCACUGACUUUGGGAUGUGAUAUGAUGUGAUCGAUUGGCUGAACUGGAUUUACUGGGAGUUCAGAAAGAAUAUUUGACUUCAGACAGAGAAUCUCAAAGUGUGUUACUGUAAGCUGUGGAUGUUGUAGCAGAGCUUUAUUUCAGCCAUGGGGAAUUUGGAAAGUGUGGAUGGACAGUGUGAGAUGAAGCAUCACAUCAUGCCAUUAAAGGUGCCAAUGCCGGAGCCUGCUGAGCUUGAGGAGCGCUUUGCUCUUGUUCUGAGCUCGAUGAACCUGCCUCCGGACAAAGCACGCCUCCUUCGCCAGUACGACAACGAGAAGAAGUGGGACCUCAUUUGUGACCAGGAGCGUUUCCAAGUGAAGAACCCGCCGCACACGUACAUUCAGAAGCUGAGGGGUUUUUUAGAUCCCGGAGUCACACGCAAGAAAUUCCGCAGGCGGGUUCAGGAAUCCACGAAAGUUCUGAGGGAACUGGAGAUAUCACUGAGGACCAAUCAUAUCGGGUGGGUGCGCGAGUUCCUGAAUGAUGAGAACAGAGGACUGGACAUUCUGGUGGAGUACCUCUCCUUUGCCCAAUGUGCUGUCACGUUGGAUUUUGAUGGUUUGGAGAACGGAGAGGAUGGCUCACUGGACAAAGCUAAAUCCUGGAGCAGGUCCAUCGAGGAUCUGCACCAGAACGGUUUCAGUACACUGGUGCGCUCAGUGCGCCACUCGGUCCCUCGAUACAGUUCAGCAGCAAACAGCAAAACCAUCAAAAACUCCAGGAUAGUGAGUCAGAAGGAUGACGUGCAUGUGUGCAUCAUGUGUCUCCGAGCAAUCAUGAACUAUCAGUACGGUUUCAACCUGGUCAUGUCCCAUGCACAUGCGGUGAAUGAAAUCGCCCUGAGCCUGAACAAUAAGAACUCGCGGACAAAAGCACUGGUCCUGGAGCUUCUGGCUGCUGUGUGUCUGGUGCGAGGGGGCCAUGAGAUCAUCCUCUCAGCAUUUGAUAACUUCAAAGAGGUGUGCAAGGAGAAGCACCGCUUUGAAAAGCUGAUGGAGUACUUCCGUGGUGAAGAUGGAAACAUUGAUUUCAUGGUGGCCUGCAUGCAGUUCAUCAACAUUGUGGUCCAUUCUGUAGAGGACAUGAACUUCCGUGUGCAUCUGCAGUACGAAUUCACUAAACUGGGUCUGGAUGAUUUCCUAGAGAAAUCCAAGCACACAGAAAGCGAUAAGCUGGCAGUGCAGAUCCAGGCCUACUUGGACAACGUGUUCGAUGUGGGAGGACUGCUGGAGGACGCAGAGACGAAGAACGUAGCUCUGGAGAAAGUGGAGGAACUUGAGGACCAGCUUUCUCAUGUGACCGAGAAGCUUCUGGAAGUGGAGAAUGAGACAGUGAUGAAAGUCGCUGAUCUGGAGAAGCAACUCCUACAGAAAGACAAGGACCUCGCAGCUAUUCGGGAGACGUAUGAAUCGACGAGCUCUCAGGUGCGCACGCUUCGACGUGUGAUUCAAGAGAAGGACGCCGCCUUCCAGAGGCACACUAACAUCGAAAAGCGGCUGCUGGAGCUCGAGCAGCAGGGAACUAUCCGCCUGAGGAAACAACCUGACGGAGACAUUGCAAUCGAGGCCCUGGGUGGAGGAGGAGGAGCUAUAGACAUUAUGACUGGAACUCCUCUUGGGGAGCUGAGCUCAAGCAGCACCAUCCUGAGUGUCGGUUUGCCAGCUGCUACUGUGGAAACACCUGCACAACCUUCUCCACCGCCUCCACCUCCACCACCUCCACCUCUACCCCCAGCAGAGAGUCUUCCGCCUCCACCUCCACCUUUGGCGCCUCCGCUUCCUGGAGCUUCACCCUCAGUCAUCCUCAGUGUUGGUUUAUCAGCCAUCCGCAUCAAGAAGCCCAUAAAGACCAAGUUUCGUCUUCCUGUAUUUAACUGGACUGCUCUGAAGCCCAACCAAAUUAAUGGCACUGUCUUCAACGAGAUCGAUGAUGAGCGAGUGCUUGAGGAGCUGGACCUGGAGAAGUUCGAGGAGCUUUUUAAGACUAAAGCACAAGGUCCUGUGGUUGAUCUGUCCUGUCCGAAGAGCAAAACCUCCAGUAAGGCCAUGAACAAAGUUCAGCUGCUCGAUGCUAAUCGCUCCAAGAACCUAGCCAUCACACUACGCAAGGCCAGCAAGAGCACGGAGGAGAUCUGCAGAGCCAUCCAAACGUUUGAUCUCAAGGCCCUGCCGGUGGAUUUUGUGGAGUGUCUGAUGCGUUUCCUGCCUACAGAGGCAGAGAUUAAGCUGCUGCGUCAGUAUGAGAAGGAACGGCGGCCUCUGGAACAGCUGGCUGAUGAAGACCGCUUCAUGCUCCUCUUCAGCAAGAUCGAGCGUCUCACACAGAGGAUGAGCAUCAUCACUUUCGUGGGGAACUUCAGCGACAACAUCGGCAUGCUGACCCCGCAACUCAACGCCAUCAUUGCUGCUUCAGCCUCAGUGAAGUCUUCUCCAAAACUGAAAAGAAUGCUCGAGAUUAUUUUGGCCUUGGGGAACUACAUGAACAGUAGUAAAAGAGGCUCAGUCUAUGGUUUCAAGCUCCAAAGUUUGGAUCUGCUGCUGGACACGAAGUCUACUGACCGCAAGAUGACGUUGCUUCACUACAUCGCUCUGAUAGUGAAGGAGAAAUACCCAGAGCUCGCAAACUUCUACAACGAGUUGCACUUUGUAGACAAAGCUGCAGCAGUGUCUCUGGAAAAUGUGCUGCUCGAUGUGAAGGAACUGGGAAAAGGAAUGGAGCUGAUCAGAAGAGAGUGCAGCCUGCAUGAUCACGCUGUCCUCAAGGGCUUCCUGCAGGCCAGCGACCCACAACUGGACAAGCUACAGAAAGACGCCAAGACUGCUGAGGAGGCUUUCAACACUGUGGUGAUGUACUUUGGCGAGAGUCCCAAGACAACUCCUCCAUCUGUGUUCUUCCCCGUGUUCGUGCGCUUCAUCAAAGCCUACAAAGAUGCAGUUGAGGAAAACGAACUGAGGAAGAAACAGGAGGAAGCUAUGAGGGUGAAACUGCUUGCUCAGGAGGCCAAACAGCAUGACCCCAAGGUGCAAGCUCAGAAGAAGAGGCAGCAGCAGCAUGAGCUCAUCGCUGAGCUGAGACGGCGACAGGCCAAAGACCACCGUCCGGUCUACGAGGGCAAAGACGGCACCAUUGAGGACAUCAUCACAGCGCUGAAGAGCGUGCCGUUUACAGCGCGCACGGCCAAGCGAGGCUCGCGCUUCUUCUGCGACACCAACCUGUACGACGAGUCCAACUGCUAGCCCCUUCCUAAGCUCCCUCUCAAAAUCUGUCCCUAAUUCAGCAGAUCUCCGAAGCCAGCCGUUCCUGCGAGCUGACGCGGUGAUCCGAAACGGGUGGAAGCGACCCUAAAGACCCUCCCUGAUCCCUCUCCGCCCUGCGCUUAUCUCCCUGCACCUCACAGUGACGGAGCGUAGGCCAGGACCAAAGCAAACGCCGUUCGUUUUAUAAGUGGGUGGGCGAGUCCUUUAUUUAUUGAUGGAAAUCCUUUCUGGAUCUGAGGAGUCCCUGUUCCUCUUUCUCUCUCAACAACGCUACAAAAGCACAGAUGAUAACGUUCCCACCCUUUCCUUUACUCAUACAAACACGCAUCAGUGUAUGGCCUUGUUCGGGAAAAAGGAAAAGACGUUUCCUGGAGAGGGGUGUGUGAGACGACAGACAGACACACACACACACACACACAGCCAGCACGGCAAACAUGGGGCUCUUCACAUGUGCAAUCUAUAAACAAGUAACAAGACUCUUCCUGAGGAGAUAUAAAGAGAUGCGACCAACUCCAUCUACACCCACAAGGGCUUUUUGUUCCCCUCUUGCGUCUUCAUGGACAAUUAAAAUGGCAUGAUUAUUAUUAACACCACUUGGGUUCAGCUCAGACUAAACGUCUUCUUCCAUUUUGUUAAAGUGCCUGUUUUUAAUUGAGACAGUAUUAUUUGCUUAAAUAUUUACCCAAUAUUACAGAUGCCAGACUUAUCAUUUUUGUACUGAUCUUGUCCUUUUUUUUUUUGUAUAACAUUCGUUGAAAUACUGUAAAUAGACAAUUACCUGAAAGUGCAGUGAUUUUCAAGGAGAAAACUUUGCUAUUUUGGACCUGUUUCAUUUUAACAGGCAACUACGUGCCUUGCAUAGUUAAUACUAAGCUAACAUCAGUUCUCUCUGAUUGUAUAUACUGGUCGUAAUGACAAUGUGGGGUUUUUUUUGGCUUGUGAAAGCACUAAUGUGGUCCUGAAUGCACCUGGUUUGAAGCUGCAUUGUUACACAUCCAAGUGGUUAUUUUUGUAAAAAUAAAUGUUUUUAUAUACACUCAUACAGUCCUGUGCAAAAGUCUUGGGCAUGUGUAAAGAAAUGCUGUCGACCAAAAAUGACAUAAAAAUAAUGAAAUGAAGCUACAUUAAAAAAUAAUAAAAAUACUAUAAAAAGUCAAUAAUUGGUGUUAGAUAACCCUUUGCUUUAUUUAAUUUAAAAAAAAUAAAAAUAAAUAAAUUCGGGGGGCGGCACGGUGGUGUAGUGGUUAGCGCAGUCGCCUCACAGCAAGAAGGUCCGGGUUCGAGCCCCGUGGCCGACGAGGGCCUUUCUGUGCGGAGUUUGCAUGUUCUCCCCGUGUCCGCGUGGGUUUCCUCCGGGUGCUCCGGUUUCCCCCACAGUCCAAA